UUUAUUUUAUAUGCAAACGAAUUCCAUUUAAUUAAUAAUGUUAAGUCUGACGGAUAGAUGGCAGUAGUUAUCAGGAAGAGAGUUGAUCCCUCUUUACCCAAAACAGCCCUUCGUGCCUAAUUCUAAUUCAAAUUCACAAUUAGAACAGCCAAAAACGAUUCGACCUUCAACAAAUAAUACUAUAAUAGAUUGUUAGUAUGCUAAAUUGAAGUCUUCUUUUAAACGCACUGAUGUUUCUUAUUUGUGAGCAGUAUUUUAUAGAAAUAAGAAAAAUCAGUCAUUAUUCUAUAAAUUGCAAUGUUUUAUAAUUCACGAUAUAACAUAGUCUAUCAGUUAUUUAGAAAACUGCAGUUUAAUAUUGGCAAGGUGAAAAUCGAAUGAUCAGUCGAAUGACUUGAAUGUAAUGGUGAAUAGUAAAUAGAUUCCUAAAAAUGGAAGGUUAAACUUGAUUAUGUGGCGAUGUAUCGUGGAGGACGAUACUGACACAUAAGUGAAGUACCUAGCGGUACAGUCCGUGUGGAAAACUAAACGCGUACAGUUGUAGUCUGUAUGAUUCGUGGUCGGCUAGACCGCGGAAUGCCUAGUGUCCCGUGCAGCUGCAGCCAGACAGCUCGAUGAUACGGCAUGGCCUACUCAGCGGCCUGAAAUCGAAGAUUUACAGAGGCCAAAUCCGCGUGUAAUGGCGCUAUUCUCGACUGAGAACACCUUAAUCCACGGCAGCGCAUCGCCGGGGUCCAGAGGUACGCCCGUUCAAAAAACAUGUACGUGGUCAGUGUCAACGACGUCAUCUACGUACGCUUAUGUACGGUAUAUCUACCCUUCGACGUAUCUCUCGAGAAUCGAGACUGAACGUGGUGAACUCUUUUCCCGCCAUCUGCUAUAAUAGUACUAACCAGGCAAAGUGAAAUGUCGAGGGAAAGCGUGAAAACAGCGAGUCGAAGAGAAUCGAGACAAGGAUAACUUUUCUGUCUUGAGCACCGUUCUUCCCGUCGUGUAACAUGGUCGUAUGUCGUCUCAUCCACAGUGCACGGUGCACAUCGAUAGACGCACUGCAUAUAACCUCUUCGGUUGACUCGCGUUCUCCUUCAUUCAUCGAUAUGUGAUUUCGACUAAGUUAUAAAAUACCGUUGACCGUCGAAAAUGAGGAACGACAUCACAGACAUGCACACGGCGAACGCUGAUAGCAGUACGGAUGCCAUAUGGCUCGAGAAAAGGAGUCCGUCGCGGACGGCGCCCGAUCAAGUAUUAUUCAGUCUUGAAAAAGUCGUUGUCAAAGAGGAACUUCCCGAUGAAGCGGAAAUCCGAGAAUUGGCUGCCAAAAUGGUGGAAGCAAACAAGGCGAAAAUGGUUUAUGGUACACAGGGAGUCCAGCCACAGCAAAGACCUCCGCAAUGUCUCGUCUCGCAACCUAGUAUUAUAGGAUAUCUAAAUAAACGACCAGCAGAUUCGUCGACUACCGUAGCAGCGAAAUCACCACCAGCGGAAGGGAAACUACCGCCGGACGACGAGAGUCAAAGGGGCAGAUUCGGAUGGACAAGUUUCGACGAUUGUUACAUACCAUAUAUAUUCCGCUCCGGUGAGAAGUACUGCGCUGUACGGAUCUUAGAAUCUAAGUUGUUACACAAGUACCUGAGUUACCUGCACUCGGACAUCUACAGUUGUACGUGUAUAAGGAGUUAUUAUAUUACGGAAGCGGAGAGUAAAUUGUUCACCGAAAUAAACGCGAAACACUGCGAGAAUCAAUUCGGAAGAGAGCAGUUUACAUGUAAAGACUUAGUGGUCCGAUUGUCGGACGCGAAAGAGUUUUAUACGUUUCUUGAUGUGUGUUAUACGAAGUUGACAGCAGGCACGAAUCCCAACGUCUCGAACGGCGGGAAACCCGAGAAAUGUGGGUUCAUACGAAUAAAUAAGGAAUCUGUAGUUCCUUAUACGGUGAAGGACGGUCUUCAAUACGUUCCCCUCUUUUAUUUCGAGGGCGAGACCGAGAAUCUUAAGUUGAAAGCCGAGAAGUUAGAAGGUUGGGACUUGUCGUAUUUGAAAUUUUGUUGCAAAGUACAGGGUAUCCGUAACGAACUGUUCGCGAGUGAAACGUGCUCGGUGAUUAGUUUGAACGACAUUAAAAGUUACUUCCCUCCGGGAACUGGAUUCGAGGAUUACUGGCCGACCAAAGUGAUGGACUCUCAGUUGUUAGUGAAUAGUAAAGGUGGUGGUAGCGGUGGCGGUUGGACGAAACAGCCUCCUACACCGCCAGCGAGCAAACCGCAAAAUAACGUACAAAAUAAUGUGAAUAAACCGGUAGUUAAUGCACGUGCUACCCCUCUUCAUAAUAUACUACCACGUGGAUCUGUCGCGAACACGCCGCAAAUACAGCAACGCGUUAGUCAACCUAGGCCUGUCGCAACGACCCACCCUGCGCAUUCCUCACCGACGGCACUUUCUUCGGGCAGAUCGAACAUCGUCACACAACCGAUGUUGAACACGGUGCAAAAUGUUAACGGAGGAUGGGCAGGUCUCGUCGGUGGGCAACCCACCUUCCAGACGGCACUUGUCUCUCAACCUAAUUCCAUCAUACGAACGUCUUCAUCAUUGAACAUGCACAGUCCAAUAUCUACGCAACCAAAAACGUAUUCUCAACAAUCCAGGAGUAGAGGGGGUGGUAACAAUGCAACAGCUCAGUAUCCUGGAGUAUAUCCAGUUACCACUAUGCAAAGUAUUACUCAACCACCCCCUCUGAUCAGAGCAACAGUCCAUUCCAGUCAACCUAAUCUUGGGUUAGUAACAACAACUUUUUUUUAUAUCAAUAACUUCUAAUACAUAUCUAUAUAUAUGUAUAUGUUUUCAUUUUUUUAAUAAAA